AUGUCUCCAGCUGCUUCCCAUCCUAUCGCGAAAACCUCAUUCGAGGAUCGAGCCUCGAAAACAAAACAUCCUUUAACCGCCUACCUACUCCGGCUCAUGACCCUCAAACAAUCUAAUCUAUGCGUCAGCGCCGAUGUCUCUACAGCCGGUGAACUUCUCCGAUUAGCAAAUGCCGUCGGUCCAUCCAUCGUCGUGCUAAAGACGCAUUAUGAUCUCAUCAACAACUGGGACUACAGCCCAACGACGGGCACGGGAGCGCGCCUCAACCGGCUCGCGCGUCGUCAUGGAUUCCUCAUAUUCGAAGAUCGGAAAUUCGGUGACAUUGGAAAUACCGUGCAAUUACAAUAUACCGAGGGCACUGCCAAGAUCAUCGAGUGGUCGCAUAUCACCAAUGUUAACAUGAUACCUGGGAAAGCCAGCGUGGAUUCCUUGGCCGAAGCAGCCGCAAGAUGGAGAGAACGCAAACGUUAUGAAGUCAAGACGAAUAUAUCAGUGGGGACUCCGCGACCCGAAAGCAUUGAAGGCGACGAGGAUCAAAUCACCACUCCUAUAAGUCUUAAUAACACUUGCCAUGAAAUUCCAGAUGGUUCCCAUGGAUUAGAAGCACACAAUGAGGCGAAUAUUGGACGCAAAGCUAGUAUCGUUUCUAUUACCACCGUGUCGCAACAUUUCGAACCGGCCGAUUCGCCACGCUCGCGCAUUGAUUUUGAUAUUGAGGAAGAAGCGUAUCCUGGAAUUGAUGAAGCGCCAUUGGAAAGAGGUCUUCUGAUAUUAGCACAAAUGAGUAGCGCGGGAAACUUCAUGACGAGAGAUUAUACCAAUGCGUGUGUGGAGAGUGCGAGGGAGCAUAAACAAUAUGUCAUGGGAUUUAUUUCGCAAGAAACAUUAAAUACAGAAGCGGAUGAUGAUUUUAUUAGCAUGACUCCAGGAUGUCAAUUACCGCCUGAGAAUGAUGAGGAAGCAGAGUUAGAGGGUGAUGGAAAGGGACAACAGUAUAAUACUCCUGGAAAGUUGGUAGGUUUAGGUUGUGAUAUUGUUAUUGUGGGAAGAGGUAUCAUUCGUGCGGGAGACCCAGAGUGGGAAGCGGAGAGAUACAGGAGGAAGGCUUGGGAAGCAUACCAGGAGAGAAUUAAAGCUUAG